AAAUAAUAAUCGCAAUAUUAUUAACUCUCACCUGACUUUGAUCUCCAACUCUCAUGUCGGCUUCUCGUUCAGCUAGUCCUACGGAGGAGGAAGUUCAAGAGCAGGAUGAGCAGCACACGGAGGACGCCACAACAGCUCAUGCUUUCCCAACAGCGGGAUCAUGGCAAGCCAUAUGGUCUCCUCAGCACAACGCCUAUUAUUUCUACAACUCAGAAACCAAAGAAACGACUUGGGUAAACCCCCUUCAACCUGCCGCCUCUGAAUCAGAACCUUCCUCAUCCUCGUCCUCCACCUCCCAAUCUGGCCCUUCCACAAUAAUAGACUCUCACUACGCCACACUGCAAGCAAACGCGAUGGCACAGGGUAUUGAUCCGUCCUUAGCCCAUCUUGAUCCAUCGCUUGCUUCUUCGUCUGGUGUUCCUAGCAAUCUUAUGUACACCGCCAAGUUCAACGCGAGGACUGGUGCUUUUGCGAAGGUGGACAGUCGCGAUCCUACUCACUUGUCAGAGUAUGAACGUGCUAAGCGCAUGAGCGAGUUCUACUUUGACGUUGGUGCUUGGGAGAGCGAUGUCGAGGCCCGGAACAGGGCUGAGAUUGAGGCCGAGGGAGAAGGCAAGAAGAGAAAACGCCCGACGAAGAAAGAUCUGGAGCGGUUCAAAGAACAGAAGAAAUUAAAGAAAAUUGCGAAGACAGCAUGGCUUCGAACAUAGGAACCCUAUUACUGUCGUAUUACAAGAAAUUCAAAGCAACAAUAAAUCCCUUAGUUAUAUAUAAAAAGAAAGUUCAUCAGCCGGAUUCUCAGUGUUCAAUAGUACAACCACCUUGAGGUCUACAGUGAUAGAUAACUACUGAUAGCUACCACCUGGCGAUAUCAGC